AGUCAGUAGAUCGCUGGUUGGGACUGGUGCGGGGUUAUAGGCUGCGCGGGGUUGGGCGGUUGGGUAGGCUGUUUGGUUUCGUUGGCCUGUGUUCCGGCUGGGCCGCAGAGCCUGGGCACUCGCGUAAAGAGGGUGCGGGCGCCGAACAGGUCGCCUGGGAGUUCCAUAUCUGCGCAGUAGUCAUGACCCACGCGGCCUUAAUAUUUAAAAGUACUGUACAAAAGUCUGUGUAUUUUUUAUAUAAAUUUGCUUUUAGGUUAUUUUCUUUCUUCGUUAGUGUGUCCAUAAAUAAGAACAAAUUUUAAAUUUCAAAAUAUUAAUUUUCAAAAAAAUUUAAUGUUAAAGAUCUUUUUGUGUUCCGUUAAAGUAACAUUAAGUAAUAGAUCCCUUUACAAAUCAAAACUUGAUUACUUUGUAGAUAUAUAGUCCUAUGCAUGAUUAAACAAGCAGGUUUUAAUGAUCAAUGCAUAAUGAUUUUAAUCAACUUAAUUGAAACCGAAACGAUUUAGAGGGAAUUAAGCUGAGCAAAGGAAAACCAAACUAAAAGGUGAGGGUGUGACAGAUGUGACAAUUUAACACCAUGGCAAGAGUGAGCAUAGAAACAAGACAUAAGGUGAUUGUCCUGCAUCAGCAAGGUCUCUCCCAAAUAAAAAUUUCACAGCAGACAGGAGUUUCAAGAUGUGCUGUCCAAGCUCUUCUGAAAAAGCACAAAGAAACGGGCAAGGUUGAGGACCAGAAACGCAGCGGCCGGCCACGGAAACUGAGUACAACAGAAUCCGUGUACAUCAAACUAACUUCCCUUCUAAAUCUGACCAAGUCCAGCACUGCUAUCAGCUCGGAGCUCACAGAAACCACUGGAACUCAAGUACACCCCUCUACGGUCCGGAGAAGUCUUGUCAGAAGUGGUCUUCUUCGAAGAGUUGCUGCCAAAAAGCCAUUCCUCCAAGGUGAAAAUAAAGCCAAGAGGCUCGCCUACGCACAAAAACACAAGGACUGGGGUGCUGAGCAAUGGCAGCAAGUGCUCUGGACUGACGAGUCAAGAUUUGACAUUUUUGGCUCGAGCAGGAGGCAGUUUGGCCGUAGAGGAGCUGGAAAUCGUUACAUGGAUGGGAGUCCACAGCCAGCAGUGAAGCAAGGCGGGGGUUCCCUGCAGGUUUGGGGCUGCAUUUCUGCAAAUGGAGUUGGUGAUCUAGUCAGAAUUAAUGGAAUCCUCAACGCCGAGAAGUACAAGCACAUCCUCGUCCAUCACGCAAUACCAUCAGGUUGGCGUCUGAUUGGUCCCAACUUCAUUCUUCAGCAGUACAAUGACCCCAAACACACGGCCAACAUCAUAAAUAACUACCUUCAGCGAAAAGAAGAACAAGGGGUCCUGCAACAGAUGGUACGGCCUCCACAGAGCCCUGAUCUCAACAUUAUUGAGGCUGUCUGGGAUUACCUGGAGAGACAGAAGCAAGCGAGACAGCCAAAAUCUGCAGAAGAACUGUGGCAAGUUCUCCAAGAUGCUUGGAACAAUCUACCAGCCGAUUUUCUUAUAAAACUGCAUGACAGUGUACCUAAGAGAAUUGAUGCAGUUUUAAAAGCAAAUGGUGGUUACACCAAAAUUGAUUUGAUUUAGAUUUUUUUCAAUGUUCACUGCCCUUUAAUUUUUUUUUGAUAUUUAGACACUUCAUUACCUUUGAAAGCAUCUUUGCUUCACAGAAUUUUUUUUAAACAUGCAGUGCCUAAGACUUUUGCACAGUACUGUAUUUUUUUAAAUAUUUGUAAAAUUCUCCCUCCCUCCCCACCCUCGGUAAUAUGUUUUCCCCUGAGGCUUUUUUUAUUGGGGUUUGGUCCCGCAUCCAGGACCAUUCGGCAGCCACCCACUCUUCCCCUUCACCCCUGCGCAUUCAUGUCAACUCCCAUAGGGAGGGGACUAGAGAUAACAGUAUCUCGAGCAACAUUUCAUUAAUCUUUCUAUUGGCCUUUUAACUGCUGAGAUCCUGUUUACAGGAGUUUAAUUCUUGAUCUCCGAGGUGAUGAAGGUUCUGCCCCUCCUUUGUUUAAUGGAACCCUGUCAAGCGCUGGAGUUAGUUACUGUGGCAACCUGAUUGUUUGGAAGGCUGGUGACUGGACCUGAGAUUUGGCUCAACUGCUGCGAUGGAAGAUUAUUUUUUGAUCUUCCCUCGUCAGGGGAAAAGACGUAAUCAGAGCAAGGGGGCCAGUUUGGGGUGGUCGCCAUUCUUGUUCUGACGUGCGUAUUAAAACAACAUAACCUCUGUGGAAGGCAGUUCUCCUGCCCCCCCCCCCCCCCCCCCCCCCCCCGUGGCAUACAAAUUAAUUGAGCAAUUUUUUUGGUAAAAUCUGAAAUGGGUGUGUAAUAAUCUAGCUGAUAAGACUAACAAAUGAUGUUUCAAAUUGACCAGCUAGUUCAGGGGUUCCCAUCCCUUCGGUUAAUGGUAAGGCUCCAUGCCAUAAUAAAGGUUGGGAACCUCUGAACUAGGGGGGAAAUAAAAAUGCUGAUUUGAAAUCAGUUUGCUAAAUGGAGUUAUUAGCAAAGCUGUAUCCUCCAAAUACUUGCUUUGCAUAAUUAUGAAUUUUUAAGGCUUUUUAUUGUGCACCUGUUUAAAGGAGGUUCUGUCAAAGAGGAGCUCUUAACCAGAAUAUUCUGCUACUGAGCCCCUCUGAAUUCCUUCAUUUCCCCUUUUAAAAAGAACCUCUCGGAAGUGUGCAUCAGACGGCUUACUGUAGUUAACUCUGGUAGUAGAGCAGGAAGUUGUAACCAAAUUUAUACCUGAAUUCGACAGGAUCUUCUCAUUGUGUUUUACUUACAGUGAUCUGUCCCUCAGGUUGUGUUUGGGAUUUGCAUGGAUGUUUUCAAAAACUGGGCCAUGUUAACCUAGAAUUCUCCAUUAUCCCAAUCCUCAUGUCCUGUAUAUGGGUUUCCGAAAACUGACUGCAUGAACAUUUUUAACUGAAGAUUAAUACAGCUAUUUACUCAAAGCUAAGCUGACUCCUGAGGCACAAGUAAACCACAAUGGGAAGUCAUUGCUCUUAAGCUCAACAGUGAGAAGCUUUUAGCACGGCUCUGUUAAUUAUUUCCAAAAUGCCAAGUGUUGUAAAUAGCCUGUGCUUUGGUACUCAGCCAAAGUUCAGAGAGGAGAUAUUCUUGUGGGAACCCUAAUCCAUGCAUGGCCUAUUUUUGGAAGGCCCAUUUAUUAUCCAGCCGCUGCAUCUUUUCUCACUCUACCUUGCAUUCAGAUGGGCGCCCUACCUGCCAGUUGUGGUCGGCUCCCAGUGCCGCUCAAUUUAUUGAGUGAAGAACUUUCCAGACACUCCCAAGAGACGGGUGACCAUAUAAAUACUCUUCAUUCAGUUGAUCUGAGCCAGGAUUGAAAGAUCCAACAUCAACUUUCUGGCUGUACAUUACUGUGACAAGUUCACAGCACUUAAUUGCACUUGCUUCAAUACCCUGUGUUGAUUAGGAUGAUUUAAUUGUAUUCCUACCAUUGAAUAAUAUUGUUGUUAGCAGUUUCUGCAGGCACAACAAUCUUUUUCUAUUUCAGAGCACCCCAGUUUGAUUUUAAUCCCAAUCAACAGCGGUGGGCUAGGUGCUCCUUCUGAAUGCAAUGUUGCAACUUCUAAUUUACAUAUGUCAUUGUUUGCUGUGGUUGGGGGAAGGGUGGAGCCACUUAAUGUAGGUAACUGGGUAAUAGAGCUGGAAGCACUGAAACUUGCUAAAUAGAAAGCUGUGGUAUCUCCUUUUGCUUAAUAUAUGUCCAUUGGUAUUUAUCAUGAACUCUUGUAUGAAUCAGAAUAUUGAUUUUUAUUAAUUCAUGUGGGGCUUGUCACUAAAUACCCUGCCCAACUCAAACUUGAGUCCCUCUUCUGACAGAAAUAGGAGCUAUAGUACUUGCUCUGGAUAAAUUGGCCAUGUUACUCUUUUAAAUUAUUUUCCUUGAUGAUGUGAGACUUGUAGUCAUUUUGGAGAUUUGACUCAAGUAAAUACCCUGCUGGGUGGAUGUUUCUGGAGAUAGAAUUCUGACUGUGAUUUCUCAUUGGCUUUUACGGGAUGGAGCACUACUGGUAUUGAGUCCCUGAUACUCUGAGAGGUUGCCCAGGCGUGGCUGGCUUUGAGCUUCAGUGGGAUUCUAGAAAUGACCAAAGCAAAUGGGGAUACUCCAGUGAAGUUUCAAGUAGUUUUGAGAUUGAGGGUUGGGGUUUGCUACCAUAUUGAAAGCAUGCAGGCGGUGCUGCCUAUGGAUUUGGGGAGGUUGCUUUUGUGUUUUUCUCCAAUAGGUGCAGAUGAUCUGGAGGACCAGAGUCGGACCCGUGUGUUUUUGGUAGUAAAUAUAUUAGCCAUAAUUGCAUCACACAAAAAAAAAAUCGGUAAUCCUAAGCCGACCAAGGCUGCAGAAUCCCUUGGAAGAUAUGUUAAAGAAUGGGUUAUUUUCCAGUCGGCUGUAACCGUGUAGCUGGGCACCUGCUGCACUUUUGAACUUUUUCGGAGGAGUUGAUUUUUAAUCCCUGGCUUCCUGCAGUUCAACAGAGCAGAAGAUGGACUCAUUCUAGCACCUACACGUAGAGUAUUUCUAAGGCAGUUUGUGUAUGCCGAUUGCAAAUAUUUCUACCCAGUGUAUGUGAAGAUGGAGAUGACCCAUUGCCAUUUAUAACUGACGGAUUCAGUGUUGGUUGGCCUACAGGAGCACGUUGACUGGAAGACCGAUGAUAAGCACUUGUACAGCUGACCACUCGAAAGAUAAAGGUUGAAGGUCAUCCUAGAAGAUAACAUUACGCCAGCACUCCUAGGCAGACUCUUGCACUGCAUAGCAGCGGAUGAGAUUGUGGAGGAAGCAGUAGCAGGAGUCUUUGUUUUGGGAAGAUUAAACUGCAGCCAUGACGCAACAAAGAGAUGAUUGCUACUUUUACUUUUAUUCUACUUGCGCCAAGGGUGACAGCUGUCUGUUCCGUCACUGUGAGGCAGCUCUUGGCAGUGAGACCAUCUGUACUUUAUGGCAGGAAAGGCGAUGCUUCCGUCAGGUGUGCAAGUUUCGUCACAUGGAGAUUGAUAAGAGGAGGAGCGAGAUACCUUGCUACUGGGAGAAGCAACCUACUGGAUGUACAAAGCUGAACUGUGCUUUCCAUCACAGCAAGCCUCGCUUCGUUGAUGGUGUUUUCAUUCCUGCCACGAAAGGUGUCCUAAGCAAACAGGAAGUACCGGAGAUGGCAGAAGAGCCUAUGACACCUCAAUUGCCUAUCAGCCAAUUACAGCAGCCCAAGAUUCCUAUUCCGUCUAAUCCAUCACCACAAGUUCGGGGUGUAAUGAAACUGGAGGCAUCAGAAAAUGUGCCCAGCCCCACUCACCCUCCUGUGGUGAUCAACGCAGCAGAUGACGAUGAAGAUGAUGAUGAUCAGUUUUCUGAGGAAGGAGAAGAAAAUAAAACUACUCAGGCUCCAACCGUGGAGGAGCAGAACGGCAUCCGCAUCAUCUCGACUAAAAGGCAGGCUUUACCCUUUCAGAAAGAUGACAGCUUGGAUUUUGGAAUAAAAACACUGGAACAGAUCAAACGCAAGAAAUCCAUGAAGGAGAAAUUGAAGAAAACAGAGGAGCCCACAGUACACCAAGUGGCACAAGUCCAAAAGGUGGAACAGAAUCGUGAAAACCUAGUCAUUGAAAAGGAAAAUGUGAGGACAGUCUUCCGGACAGUGACCGUAUCACCAAAGAAAUGUGAGCCACCUAUUAAACGCAGUCUUGCAGAAAGACUUGGUCAAAAGAAGAUAACCCCAAAUGACACAUCUCAAGAGGUUCCACUGAAAGCUGAGUUUGAACCACCUUUAAAACGCAACCUCUCUGAGAGACUUGGUAAAAGAAAGAUACCGGCAGAAGAUGACCCUGAAGAGUUGCUACAGAAAGUGCAACGUCCCAGGUCUAUAAGGGAAAGGCUUGGUCUGCCUGCGGAAGUUUCUACAACAGAUCACGAAAAGCUUAUAAAUAGAACAGAAGGCCCUGGAGAAAUAAGGGUGAAGACCCUGGAAGAGAUUCGCAGGGAAAAGGCUGCCAAGAGGGACCUUAAUGAAAGCAACGGAGAUGCCAGAGUUGAUAUUGCUAGUGGUAGUACAACUCCACAGGCAUACGCUUUGCUGGAGGAGGCAUCUAAAAUCAUUAGGACUGUUCGGGUAAAGACUACAUCAGACUCCCUAUUGAAGAAGCAGGGAGAAUGCCAGGAAGAAACUGGAGAGGAUAAUCCAGCCACAAAACAGCCUGAAGCUGACCCAAGAAAGGACAAGAGGCCAAUAGUUGCAAAAGGCAAAGUGAAAUCUCAGGGGGUGUCCCCUGAUGAAGCAGUAGCAAAGGCAAAGUCACUAGAACAAGUAAGGAUUAAAACUUUGGAAGAGAUUCGACGUGAGAAGGCACUGAGGAGGCAAGAGAUCCAGGAAGGUACUGCGAACCAACAAUCAGCUGAGAACCCAAAGACCGAGGCUCCACCUACCAGGAAGAGACUGCUGAGAAUCACUAAAUCUUUGGUUGUCAAGCCAGAAAAGAUUGAUAAAGAACCAGUGGAUGUACAGUCAGUGGACAGUGCUGCCGAAGGUUACUCCAGAGAAUCUCAGAAGCUUGAAACUAGAAAGGAAGCUUCAAGAUUGCAGAAUGUGCAAGUUAAAAGCUUUGAAGAAAUACUGAAGGAAAAACGCCUUAGACAACAACAGGAGAAGGAGAAACAGCAUUGUCAAGCGCCAGGAACAGAGGUGACUGCAAACAAAAUGGACAGUGAGAUUCAGGUUGCAGAGAAGAACAAACAGCCGACUGUCUCGCUGGAUUUGAAACCAAACAACAUUCUUGAAGUUGAACAGCUGGCUGUUAAAAAGGAAGAAAACUUAAUUGUUGCCAAAUCUGAAACAGCAGAACCUGCACUUGCUUUGAAAGUGAAACCCAAAUUAAAUGUGAAACCGUCAAUAAUGAAGAACUCUUGUCCUGUGAGGAUUGGCCAGAAACGCAAAUCCCCUGACAACAACCCUUCAACUGUUAUGGCAGUGAAACCCCUCAACUCCGUAACCACUGAUCAGAUGAAGCAGCCGCCAGCUGAUGAGAAGAUUAUUAAUUCUGGGCCAUUGCCUCGCCAGGAGGAAGAUAAAACGCCUUCGGAAGUUUCAGAGAGAUCCAAGGAAAGGCUUCACCCUGAUGAGCAGAACAAGCCAACGAACAUGUUGCUGACUGAAGUAGUAGCUUUCUCCCCUCCCCGACUGUCUGCCAAGGUUCGGAGGCUAAGUUCUGCUGCAUCCAGAUCUGCAGUGGCGGAGGAUGACUUCGAAGAACUGAUGAAAGAAUUCUCAGAUGAUAAACUUGAGGCAGAAAUCGAUCUGGAUCCUGGAAAGGAUGAAGAUGACCUGUUGCUUGAGCUGUCUGAGAUGAUUGACAGCUGAAAUGGGUUGGGUAUUUUUCUGGACCUGCUCAAACCAAUUUGAACUGCUUCUGGAAUUUUCUGGAUGAUAAGAAACUGGUCUAGAGUUUUGUAUUUGACUAGAAUGUCUAUUUUUAAGACUGUGUGUGUAUAUGUAUGUGUGUGUGUAUGUAUGUAUAUAU